AGCCUGUCACAUCAGAUUGUUCAACUGGUGAAGGAUGCCACAAGAGAUGCAGCUGUUGUUAAAAGUUUUGAGGCUGCAAAAGGACUAAGAUCUCAGAGGCCUGACAAAGACAUCAUGAGGUCAUACCGGUUCCACCCCAGCUACGACAUUACUUUCACUUUAAUUGUACCAGAACCACAGAAUGUGAAUGUAGAGUGGGACAUUGAAGCAGGCACCAGAGAUUAUCUUCAGCCCCUGCUGGAUUCAUUGUUGGAGUACACUAGCAUCUCUGUCACAUCUCAGGUUCUCUAUCUUGUCAGCCUUGGUGGAAAGCCCAAGAAGGGAGACAAUUUCUACUACUAUACAGAACAAGACCUGCCUCACAUAAUCAACCCAUUGGAAACCAAACUUGGUUCACAUGCUUCAAACAGUCCUGCUCUAAACUUCAUUGUUGGUAUUCCUACACAAGAUAGAAGUCCUCUUUACAUUCUUGAUAGCAAUGGGGAAAAGUUACCCUCAAAUGCAUUUCUGAGUCCCCGAUGGGGUGGUAUUCUCAUCUACAAUGCUGAGCAAGACAAUGCCACUAUUUCCAGCUCUCCUGCACAGUCUAUUCAAGUCAACAUGCACAGGGUCAUGGAGGUGUUUGUGUCUCAGAUCAGAUUGUUGCUAAACAUACAUGCUCAGAUGGUGACAAAAGAGUUAAAGUGGGAAAUUGCUGGCUGGCUGAGGUGUCGUUGUGUGGAAAACCUGGCAACAGCUACUUCAACCUUGCAGUCCCUGGCACAGCUGUUAGAAGAAAUCGGAAACAUUGUUAUCAGCGAUGAAAUCGGAAAAGAAGUGGAGUCUGCUGUAGCUUCUAUUAAAAACAGCCGCCAGCUUUUAGCCAGUGGUAAACUGAGAGAAGCCUUUCAGACAGCAUUUUUUCAUCCUUCUUUGUUGGAGCUUCUUUAUUUCCCAGAAGAUCAAAAGUUCGCCAUAUACAUACCACUGUUCCUACCAAUUAGCAUUCCCAUUGUGAUGUCCAUAAUGCAGGCUGUGAAGUGGUUUAAGCAACAGAAGAAAGCCAAGUCAGAGUAA